AUUUUAGAUGGAUUCUGAAAAGAAAGCUUUGAUUGUAGUAGAUGUUCAGAACGAUUUUUGAGAAGGAGGAUCCCUAGCAGUUAAAGAUGCUGCUCAGAUUUUCCCUAUAAUCAACUCGCUUAAAAAGAACACAGUGUUUGAGAAAGUCUACUUGACUGCUGAUUGGCAUCCAGCUGACCACGUAAGCUUCCAUGAGAACAACCCUGGCACAGAGCUAUUUCAGGAGAUCACCCUUGAAGAGACAGGGGUUAAGCAGGUGAUGUGGCCAACUCAUUGAGUUCAAGAUAAAACAGGAAGCGAAUUCCACAAAGAUCUAGAAGUUAGUGAUUCUGAUGUCAUUGUUAAAAAAGGAACGAUCAGAACAGUAGAUAGCUAUUCAGGCUUUGGAACCCCUCCAGAAGAUACCGGACUUAACCAACUUCUACAAGAUGAAGGGAUUACUACUGUUUAUGUGACCGGCCUAGCUUACGACUACUGCGUUGGAUCUACAGCAAGAGAUGCCGCUAAAAAUGGCUACAAGACUUAUGUUGUGACAGAUGCAACUAAAUCUAUUGCUGAAGAAACUGCCAAAGCAAUGGACGAUACCUUGUCCGGCCUUGGGGUAGAGAAAAUAGAAUCUUCUUCCAUCACUGCAUAACCCAAAUUUACCAUUCAACGUAAAAUAAUUGAACCGGG